UACAUGCAGGGAGCCAGAGGCAAAUUAGGAAGAUUGUGAUCCUUUUUCAGGUACUAUUAUUAGGAUGGCUGCGCCUUUGUUGACGCACUGUCUGACAAAAACUGGAAAUAGCAGGUUUGUGGAAGCUCUCACCAGAUGGGUCUUUUCGUUACAAGAAUCAACCUAAGUCUAGUCCCAGCAUAAUUUUCUCUCCAUACAGGUGAGCACUGAGUGUUCAUUAAUGCUUUAGCCGUGAUUCUUCCUAUUUUGAACUUGUGAAGCUGGUUGCAGAGGCUCUUAAAAGCCACCGGAGCUAAAUGACUUCUCUGUUCAAGCCUACUAAGAAAUGGAGGGAGUCUGAGGAAGAUCCCUUGAUCGGACCUGUGAUAGGUAAACUGAAUGUUCAGAGAAGAAAUGCUGGAGCUGAUUUAAUUAAUGUGAAGUACACAAAGAAAGAUCGAGAGAGCCUGGCAUCACAUGAGAGUCUGGAUUAUUUGCCAUCUCACAGUGAAGUUUAUACAAAAUGGCUGAGAGAAAUGCCUUGCAGGUCAGACUGGGACCAAUGGUUUAUGAUGGGCUUGAUUGGAAUAGCAGUUGGAAUCCUGGGUUUUUUUGUAAACCAGGCCAUUGACACAAUUAUUACAUUGAAAUGGAUGCUUGUUCUACAUUACAUCCAGAACAGUCAAUAUUUCCUCACUUGGAUCUAUGUAGUUGGAAUUGGAGUGAUAAUGGUCGCAUUAUCAUCUGGCGUGGUGCUGUUUCUCUGUCCAUUAGGAAUGCCAAGUGGCUUGCCAGAAGUGAUUGGUUUUCUGAAUGGUGCCUCAGUUGAAUAUAUCUUUCACAUUAGAACGUUGAUUGGGACCUUGGUGUCUUGUGUGUUAGCUGUAGCCUCAGGACUCUUCUGUGGGCCAGAAGGACCAAUGAUUCAUAUGGGUUCAAUUUUAGGAAGUGGUUUGAGUCAGUUUAAAUCUGACACAUUUGGAGUUCAAUUUCCUUUCUUUACAAGAUUUCGGAACUGUGCUAACAGGAGAAACUUCAUUACUGCAGGGGCAGGAGCAGCGAUUGCUUCAGUGUUUCGAGCUCCUGUGGGUGGGCUGUUGUUCACUUUUGAAGAGGUGGCUUCGUUCUGGGAUAUCAAACUAGCCUGGCAGACCUUCUUCUGUUGUUUGAUGGCUACAUUCACUACUGAUCUCCUCUCCUCCUCUUUCCAUGGAUUUACAUAUCGGGGCCAUUUUGGAUUCUUCAAGGCUGAGGAAAGCAUCUUAUUUGGGGUGAAAUAUUUGCUUGACAUGAAUAUUAUGGUCUUCAUUCCAUCCAUUAUACUGGGAAUAAUAGGUGGUCUGCUGGGAGCAUUGUUUAUCUCAAUGAACAUGAGAGUCAACAAAUUUCGGAUCAAAUUAUUUAAUUUAAUUAAGCACCCAUUAAUACAAAAGUUAAGCAAGCUCUUGGAGGCAAUCCUGAUUUUGGUAGUCACAAUUACAGCCACGGUCUACGUGCCUUCCUUCUUCCCGUGCACCCCGCUCUCCCCUGACUCACACAACAAACCGGAAAACAGGUCUCUUUACCACAACAGCUCCACAAAGGCCACUCACCCUCUGAGUAAGACAGAACAGUUCUACCUCUAUAACUGCCCACAAGGAACAACAUGGAUGGGACCUGAUGGCACAGAACAUUCAAACAAUAGUCACAAUGAAGCUGCGACACUCUUGGUUGAAAAUGGGAAGAAUGGAAUUAUAUAUCUCUUCAGAAGAGGAACACACAAAGAAUUUGGAUUUGCUGCUCUCCUUACAACUUUCGUUAUUUACUAUUUAUUUUCUUGUUGGACAGCUGGUACGGCCAUGGCAUGUGGACUUGUCAUACCAAUGCUAUACACAGGAGCCUUAUGUGGCAGGAUAGUUGGUCUGAUCAUGGUGUCGAUAUUUGGUGUCCAAACUGAUGAGUAUGGAGCCUGGAUAGAUCCUGGCCUUUUUGCAGUAAUUGGAGCUGCUUCAUAUUUUUGUGGUGUUUCAAGACUAACAAUUUCCCUCACUGCUAUCAUGGUGGAGCUAACCAAUGAUGUGCAAUCCUUGCUGCCAAUAAUGGUAGCUGUCAUGGUGGCCAGGAUGAUUGGAGACUUAUUUAACCAUUCGCUGUACAGCUCUUUACUGAAGCAAAAACAUAUUCCAUUCCUGGAGCCAGAACCAUACGUCUUGUACCAGAAGAAACCGCUAAAUUUAGAGUUGUUUACGGCAAAAGAUAUCAUGGAGCCCCAAGUGAAGGUCCUCCGCCUGAAGGAAAAAGUGUCUAUUCUGGUUGAGCUACUGCUGGAGACAAGCCAUGGUGGAUUCCCGGUGAUUUAUCAACCGGUCCAAGGGCACGAAGAAGUAUUUAUAGGAAGCAUCACCAGACUGGAACUCUGCAGAAUCUUGGAAAAUGAGAAGAUUUUUGAAACACAGAACAAAGAGAGUUGCCAACAAUAUGCUCAAUUGAACUACCACGAGGUUUCUUUCAAGUUUCAAAACUUGACAAAGAUAAAUCUGCUCCUGAACAUGUAUAGAACUGACCAACAAUAUCAAGACUACUAUGUCAACUUGAAACCAUACAUUAACCAGUCAGCAAUGACUGUCCAUGCUAAUUUUUCUCUUCAACGCACUUACAACAUUUUUCGAACAUUGGGGCUUCGCCAUCUGACUGUGGUUGACCUGAGAAAUCGUGUCGUUGGCAUCAUUACACGGAAAGAUCUAAUGGCAUUCCGACUUGAGGAAAAACUGUUUGAAUUUAAGAAUUUAGAAACAGAUAUUCAUAAAAGAUAAAGCUUCCUGAUUCAUUAAUCUGUCCUUGUUAAAAUCAAAUCCCGGAGAUAAAAGUAGAAAUGAUUUCUGAUAGAUACUUGAACAUCAUCACACGCUCCAAUAUUUUGCUUUGUAAUACCCUUUAUUGAUAGGUUCCUCCACUCCGCCUGCUACUUCUUUUUUUGAAUAAGUAUUUGUUCCAUUUGGGGAGAUUAUCUUUUGAAGAUGUUCCAUAGCAUAGAAUAUAUCCUUACCAGCCUUUUAAAGAAUUGCUAUUGAUUUUUUGUUUGUGUGUCAUUGACAAAGGAUAAUAAGUAAAAGCCUCUCCCAAAAUAGUUGUUCAUAUCUUUCUAUCACAAUUGCAGUAGGUUACCACAUUUGUGGAUGAAUUAAACAGUGAUCUUAAGUAAAUUAACAAUAAACAUUAAUGUUUAAAAUUGUAUCGCCUUCACGAUGUAUUCCAUUUGCUUUUUUACCCUAAUUCUUUUUUAUUGUAUAUUUAUCUGAGAUAAUUAGUUAACAGACCUUCUGAGAACAAAAUAAUAUCGGGAGAAAUUUCGGCUUGGGUUUCAAUAAAGGAAUAUUUAAGACA